ACCAGCUAGUUUCUCAGUCAGUUCACUUCAGACACAGGAUGAAGGACACGUGCCAGAGAGAAGAUGCAGCAGCAGAUCCUCAUCCUCUCAGCUCUCAUGGCUCCAUUCCUGCUCCUGUUGUUCCCUCUGUGUGCAGCAGCUUCUGACCAACAUGUGACAGUGCACCCUGGAGAUAACGUCACUCUGAGAUGUGAGGCUGGUAAUGUCUCCAUCAGAGUUGUAGAGUGGACCAGAGCUGACCUGGAGCCACAGUACGUCCUCUUAUACAGUGAUGGACACUUCGACCCAACCAAACAGCAUCCAUCCUUUACAGGCAGGGUGGAGCUGGUGGACAGAGAGCUGAAGGACGGAGACGUGUCUUUAACUCUGAAGAAUGUGACCAGCAGAGACUCUGGAACAUACGAGUGUCGAGUUGCAGCAGGUGGAUCAAGACGUAGAACGACAGCCAACACUGAUGGUGAUCCAAUCAGAGUCAUCUACCUGGAGGUUACAGAUUUAAAGGAUGGACACUCCACUCCUCUACACGUUGGACUGGCAGCAGUUUUUGGAUAUGUUGCAGUGCUUCUUUUACUGUAGUGUUUGUUGUCUGGAUAUCUAAAAGACGUACAGACCAGAGAUCAGAACAGUCUGCUGCUGAUGAAGCAGGAAACAGUCAGCUCAUGUGUCCCUCUGCUAUUUGAGACUCUUCAACAUGAUGGUCUGUUUCAACCAAUCAUGGCUGCCAUCAUCCACAGGGGGCUCCACCAAUGAGGUCAGAAAACAAUUCAAAAUGUUGAUCCUUUACUGUGACUAAUAAUGUACUGUUUACUAAUACCAUUACCAGUAUUAUUUUGAAAUAUGACAUAACUACAUAACAAAGUUUACUACAUAAUAUUGAGGCCCUUGUCUGGGUUCCUGACACCACCGCUAGUUAUCUUUUCCACUAAGCAGCCGGUGGACACAACCAACAGUGCAGAAGUUGCAUUGAUUUACAUUGUGAAGUGUUCAAGCUCUAUUCAGUAAAAAUCAGUAUUGUGUAAAUUAUAACGUUCUCAUAAAUCAUCUGUUUGUAGUAGAAACGUGUCGAUGUUUUCACAGCACUAUAAAACAGAUAUUACAGUGGAAAUUAUGAUGUAUCACAUAUAGCAAAAAGACUUUUUGUUUAUUUUUUUAAAAGAUGUUUUUCAUGUGAAAGGUUACAUUAAAGGCUGUUUCAUAAA